AGUUAUAUGAGUGGUAUUUUGUGUUAAGUGUCCAGCCUCCUCUUCAUCAUCUCCUACGCCCUUCCACCUUCUCUCAUUGUCCUCUCUUCUGUCUGUUGUUCUCUCUUCAUCCUCCCUUCCUUCUCUCUCUCUCUCUCAGGAUUGCUUCUGAUGAAGUCUCCGCAGUCGUAUCCCGGUCACAUCUAUUCCCUGCUGUGUCAAGAGCUCUCUGAGCUGGUAAAAACAUGCAACACAUCAAAGGUUUACACAAGAAUCCACAACACACCAAAGGUUCACACAUGAAUCCACACAACACACCAAAGGUUCACACAUGAAUCAAGUAGCCCAUAGUGAGAGCAGUGUGUCACAUGAGGAUGGUCACCAAGGAAGCUGUUUGAUAGGCUUAUCAUUUUUUGUUUUUUUUACUCAGGCCCAGGCCCAUUUCUUAUUUCUUUUUUACUUUUACUUCUUUGGGUGCAGAGCUGAUGAUCCCAUCAUCAUUUACUACAAUACUAUGUAUGUGACAAAUUGAAUAAUUUGAACUUGAACUUGAACCUUCAAAAGCCUUUGGCAAAAAAUACUUUUAAUGCCUUCCGAAUUUCCAAUAUGCGGACUCCAGUCCUCCCUUGCAUGCUUGAGACCUCGUGAUGGCGUCACUGACGACAGAAAAUAAAUUCAAUGUCUUGCAAAAGUGCACUUCUAAUGUCAUUUUCUCAUUUGCAAUCGGAUGGUGAAUGAAUAACAGUCCCCCAAAAGUUGUUGUGGCUAGGCUGACAGCGGAGGCAAGACGCGAUAACCUGGUUCUCACGAUGGUUAACGAAGAUGCACGAAGCACGAAGGGUCUGCGUGAGAGCCAGGGUAAAAACGCGAGGCCACACAAGCACAAGUGGAGGACGGGAGUCCGCAUAUUGGAAUACCAUUUUUACAUGGCGUCUGCUUGUUCCUACAGCAACCUGUUGAGAUAUCGCGAGAGAGAUAGCAACCAUCUGCCCGACAGCGGCAGCGAACGCGGUUUGUUCGACGACCUGACUAGUUGCAGUGUUGCACGUCUAGUAUCAACAGUUGUUAUGGGUUUGUGUUAAAUGACAGUGGUAUAUUCGAAAACUUUUCAUACUCCUAUAUCGUUUGGUAACACAAACUAAAUCAAUUCCAGAACGCCUCGAUUUCAAGUUUUCCGCCAUACAAGUCGGAACAACAAGCCUGCCUCGUCUAGAACUUCUACUCCAGCACCACCACUACUUUUUGCUUUCCGUCUCAUCUACACACCAAAAUGGACAUUGUUGUUGAAGCCCGAAGGCGAUGUGAAGUCGAGGAGGUUCAAUCCAAGGACAGCAUCUUUCAUUGCAGAUAUCUGCUGACCCACAUGAAAAUUAAACAUUUGAAAGAGUCGGUGGCACAAGUCAGUUCGGCUUCAGAUGAUGCCUUGCGGAAUGCACCAGAGUUGCCUCCAGAACUAGAACAGCUGGAGAAGCUUCUGCAGAAAGCUUUCAGGGCCCGAAGCACCGCAGCCACAAGUGGAGACGCUUCAACCACUACAGGAAAAGGCAGGACUCCUCUCUCAGCCAGUUGUAAACCCCAAAGCCGGUCUAGUACUAAGGAUAACGUUAACAAAAGACCCACGCCUACAGCAAAGGUGCAGGCUAGUGUGCGAGCCACCCAUGGCAUCACUGGGCAGCGAGGACAACCAGCCAGGGGAGCACAGGGGAGAGAGCCGAGUCAGCCGACCCAAAGAAUCGCCUCGAAGCCAGGGGGGACUCUACCUGUCAAUACAGGGGUAAUGACUAAGGCGUCACUUCACAAACCUUCCUCUAAGGACUUGACUACCAAGAGCAAGCAGGGUACUCAACGGAAAACCUCCUCCUCUGACGACUGUGAGCAGUGUGGAAGAGGGCAGUCUGAUGCUGACUCUCAGGACAUUCCUGAAGAGAUGUGGAUCUCAUAUCCACUCCUGCCUGCCUGGUCAGCUCUGCACUGCAAACAGAGAAGGUUGUGGGACCAGGCGUUGGCCAAAAGUGCACAAGUCGUCCCUGAGAAGGCGCACUUCACCCAGAUGCUACAGCGUACAUUUGCCACAGAGAUGCCACCUGAGCCCCCAGUUGAUUCCAGUGCCAGGCUGGACCGUCUGACUGAGCUCAGUAGGGCACUACAGCAGUGUCACUGCAAUGGGCUCAAGCUGAGCCAGUCUACUACUACUACUACUACUGACACACUAUCAGGAGGCUCGGGGCGACGGCAUGAAUCUUUGGCAAUGCUGCCUGGCCUGGAAGAGAGGAUGAAGGGCGUGUUGGUGUGCAUCCAACAACUCACUACUGCGUUUGAUGAGCAUUAUGGAUGGGAGCCUGGAGCGCUGUGUCCGGUGAGGAGGAGAGGAGCGUGGGGGAGCCCCGGGAGGCCCUGUCUACCCUCUACCGUGUGCUACUCCAGCCCUGCACAGCUCCAGGAGCUGGCCUACCUGAGGCUCAGGGUAGACCUACUGCACCAGGAGACACAGCUGCAGCAGGUUCUCCAGGAUCACCUGGGCGCUGGUCCCCCUCCCUCAUCUGCUGCCCAGCUCAGAGGACAGUACUCUCUCCUGGGGGAGGGAGGGUUAUACUUCCCCACGCUGGUCAUGGACACAGAACCAGAGUAAA